AUGGAACUGCGCGAGGCGGGAAAAUCCCCGACAUCGCCUCACGCUGACAGCCCAUACUCCCAGCCCAACUCUCCUCCAUUCCGCAUCUGUCCCGUCCUGCAACAUCCAACGGAGGCAUACUGCGCACUGGGCUCCGCCAUGCAAACCAAUGUCGUUGCUCGGCGCACCCAGUUCUCCAGUUGUGACGAGUGCCGUCGAUCCAGAGUGGGUUGCGACGCUCUGAGCCGCAGCAAUGAGACUGGCGACUCGUCUGCUUCUUGCACCCGGUGUUUGAAUCGCAACCAGCAAUGUACAUUCAAGUGGAUGAAAGAGAAGGGCGCCGAGCCAAAGCGCCCGCCAUUGGGCCGACGCAAGCUUCGCCGGCAAUCCGAGAUAUCUAGUUGUGGUGGCCCGAAUGUCCUUAAUGACAGACAAGAUGACCGAAUGGCCUCAUCUCCUCGUGAUCCUUGGGACCCCACCAAGCCUAGGCAGACCACUGUCUCUUCGCCGGCAGCUACAGAUUCGACAACCGGUUCGAUUUCGGACUUGCUGAGCCCGCUGGAGAAUACCUGGCUUCAGGUUCUUUACCGUGAUGGAUUUGACGCCGUUUUCGGGUCUUGGAUGGGCAGGGACGGCUGUCCAUUCCUCUUUGCCGAACACAGCUUGGCAGGAAAGCAUGUCAACAUCGCCGAGGUUUGUGGUCGGCUGGACCAGUGGAUAGCCGAGAACUCUGAUGAUGAAAGGAAUAACCCUUUUCGCGCUCCAGUCCGUGAACCUCGCAUAAAAGACAGAUUGAUUGAUCAGUCAAUGCGAAGCACGAUUGCUGCUUUUUCGGCCCGAUGGCUCUACAUCACCGUCAAGGGCGAUGGGUCAGAACAACACCACCAAAACAUUGUGCUUGCCCUUUGGAGAACUGCCCGACGAGAUAUGCUUCGAGUUAUUAAUCGACCAUCUUACCGGUCUAUGCUUUCGUUGUUUUUGUUCGCGUUGACCCCAAUUCCCACUGGCAUAUCAGAGGAGGAGGAAAUUGAUGGCAUUUCAGGGCAAGCGUGCGUACAUGCGGCCUUGCAGCAGAUACAAACCUUGCGAGCGAGACAGCGAAACUUGCAGUUCAGUGGAUCAAAAGUGUCACCGUCCACGGUCAAGUCAAAAUCUGCCGUAGCUAAUCCCGAUGCCAUCGGCAGCUCGGACUUUAUUGCCGCAGAGAGUAUUGCUUACUGGGCAGCUUUAACAUUCGAUACAUCAGCAUCUUUGACUCUCAACUGUCGCCCAUUGUUAUCUUCUGGUCUGUUCGGAUUUGAUGCUGAGCUUCCUUGGCGGCUGAUACGAACUAGCGCCAAAAUGUUUUACGAAAUGACAAAGACUUGGCGGGCUGACGGAGUCAUUGACAUGACAGAUGAACGAGCAAACCAAAUUAUUGCCAGCGGAAGUGCAUGGAAACUUCUUGCUUGGAAGCUGACAUCAGUCUUCAAAGAGGCUCUGCGCGACGGACAUAAUGAAUCGGAAGUCAGUAGAGCGUUCGGCUUCGUCACUGGCGCAGUUCAACAGUUCGAUGACGUCUUCCGACGCCCUUUGGAGGCGUGUCAAAGGCGAAUGCACUUUCUCGGACAACAAACAAAACUUCGCUGGUACUCCUUAAUGUUGCAUUACCAUCUUAGCAUUUUGAUGUUCAUUGACAUCAUUGAAGCUACUGAACGAUACGACUUGUUGGCUAGCGUGACUGAGACCAACGCCGACGCAGAAAACGCUGUUAUGAAUGCCCUGGUUUUUGGACUUCAAAACUCUUUUACCAUGACUGUAGCAUCAGCCUCCAGUCAACAAGAUGCCGACGAAGCGUUCGAGGCAUCUUUCACUGUACCCAUCAUAUCCAUCGAUCCAUACCCGCAUCAUGUUGUUGCUGGUGUCCAGCUCAUACGGAAAGCUAUUGACAGGGACUUGAAACAAGGGAAGAUUACUGAUGAAUCGCAUACAAGUCUUCGAUCUACACUGGAAGCGGCGCUAAGCCAUCUUCCCCAAAGCUCCAAGUCUGUGCAGGCAGCACGGAACCGAUCUUCUGAGAUGGGAACACCGGAUGCGAUAUUGUCGCGCCAAGAUCCACCCAAAGCUCGGACGCAAUGCAACACAAAGCCAUGUGCACGGCUGGCGAGGUCAUCGGUGACCGUUCUCGGAGCAGGUUCACAAGGUAGACGCCUUGCUUACAUGUGGUCAAGCAGAGGCAACGAUGUCAACUUGAUUGAUGGGAAACCAAGUCAACUCCGGGAAAGCAUUGAGAGCGUUAAUCAACUGCGAUCCCAACUUGAUCCGAAUGGCAACUUUGGCAAAGUGCGUGCACAUUCGCCAGAUUUCAUGAGAGCUUCCCUGGUUGAAUCAUGGCUCGUGGUCGAGUGCAUUCCCGAACGCUUGCGCCUGAAGCAGGAAGUUGUAACCCAACUUGAUGCCUUGGCGCCAGAAGACACGAUCAUUGCAUCUAAUUCUAGCAGCUAUACUUGCUCUGAAAUUGUCUCUGGGCUAUCUCUGAAUAAUGUGAAACGGGUUUUGAGUGCUCAUACGUACUGGCCACCGGAAACCACAGGUAACUGGAGAUUGUUUCACAAGUAUUGGGUUCAAAUAUGGGCUGCCAUCAAGCGAGAAGCGCUCCUGACAGCAGCGGAGGGCGCGGGCACACCAGAGGAAAUCGACGCCAUUUUUAGAGACGUAUUGAAGACCGGAAAGGGUCCAUUUGAGCUUAUGGAUAUUGUCGGCCUCGACGUAGUGCUCGAUAUUGAGCAUCAUUAUGCUGCUGCGAGAAGAGAUAUCCCGGAAGAGCCAAGAAGCUAUCUGGCCAGUUACCUUGAGAAUGGACAUCUUGGCGUGAAGAGUGGACAGGGAUUCUACAGAUAUGACAGCUCUCCAUCGAUGCAGCUAGCAAGCCAUCAGGAGAUUGCAUCUACUACAGCCACGUGA